AUGAAGCCCGGCGGCGUCAAAGUCUCCUCCAGCCCUGGGAGAGAGAAGCUGCCCCCGCCCCCUGGCCUCGCCCGCCUGCUCUACGGCAAAGCCGUGGGUAGCCGGAGCCGCGGUCGCUCCGCCUCCACCGUAGCUCGGUCCAGCCCCAUGUUCGCGUCACGGAGCAGGAGCCGCAGCCGCUCGUCCUCGGCGGCCGCUGCUGCGGCGAAGGAGGGAGGGGAGCCCUCCUCGCCCAAGGUCACCUGCAUCGGCCAAGUCCGCAUACGGAACAAGAGGUCGGCAAAGCCGAAUAAGCCUCAGCCCAAGAAGACGAGGAGCAAGUCGUCUCUGAUGCCGUGCCGGUGCCUCCACAAGUCUCUACUCUGCGGCCUGUUCCCCGUUCGGAAGAGGCCGACCGGCCGCGGAGGUGGAGGGAGAGGCAGCGGAGGCCGGCGGUCGUUGUGGCCGAGAUGGUCUCGCGUCCGAUCUGGCGAAAGCGGUGGGUACCAGCAACAGAAGCCGGAUCCGGUUAAGCCUUCACCGCAGCCGGAGCUCAUCACAGGCGUAAGGGUAUCAAAGAGAGAAGAGGACGGAGACGACAAGGAUGAGGAUGACGAGGAGGCAGCUCGGCACGGGGAGAAGACGAAGGUUUUCGAGCCACUGGCGACAGCGACGCCGCCAAAGAAUGCACUCCUACUGAUGAGAUGCCGGUCAGCACCGCACAACCGGUCUUCCUCGCUGGCCACCUCCCAGAUCACGGUGUCCCCCUUGCUGUCGCCUGAUUCCCCGGCUGCUUCGCCACUGGAGGAGGUCUCUGGAGGGAAAGCGCGAGACCAGGAGCUGCUGCAGCAGCAAGAGCAGAGAACGUCAAGCAGCGGAGAGGCGCUCGUCCAUGAGGAGGAGGAGGAGGAGGAGGAGGAGGAGGAGCAAGGGGACGAAGCCAAGGGAUCGGAGUCGCGGCGGCCGCUGGUGUUGCCGCGGAGCAAGUCGGAGCCGGCGCGGAGGGCAGCGGCGAAGCUGGCGGUCCCGGAGGCCUCGUACUGCUUCUGGACCAGCCGCUGCCAGCGACGCCACUUCGUCCCCGCUCACGAGGAGCGGGCCCCACCCACCCUCACUGAUGUUUAG